CAUACACUGACCGACCAUUGCGAUUUUAAUGUUGAGCUGAGAAACCCUAACAUCUUCUGUUUUCUGUCUUUGCUUCGUCUCGUCUGGUUUUGAAGCUCUUCAAAAAUGAAGUUCAACAUCGCUAACCCAACCACUGGUUGCCAGAAGAAGCUGGAGAUAGACGAUGACCAGAAGCUGCGAGCCUUCUAUGACAAGAGGAUCUCUCAGGAGGUCAGUGGAGAUGCUUUGGGAGAGGAAUUCAAUGGCUAUGUAUUCAAGAUAAUGGGAGGCUGUGAUAAACAGGGGUUCCCAAUGAAGCAGGGAGUUCUAACUCCUGGCCGUGUCCGCCUGCUACUUCACAGAGGCACCCCUUGUUUUCGUGGCUAUGGGAGGCGUGAUGGGGAGCGUAGGAGGAAGUCAGUGCGUGGGUGCAUUGUAAGCCAAGAUUUAUCGGUUUUGAAUUUGGUGAUUGUGAAGAAGGGUGAGAACGAUCUUCCCGGGCUCACGGACACUGAGAAGCCAAGGAUGAGGGGUCCAAAGAGGGCUUCGAAGAUCCGCAAGCUUUUCAACCUCUCCAAGGAGGAUGAUGUUCGCAAAUAUAUCAACACAUAUCGACGUACCUUUACAACAAAGGCUGGCAAAAAGGUUAGUAAGGCUCCAAAGAUUCAGAGGCUGGUCACCCCAUUGACCAUUCAGAGGAAGCGAGCAAGGAUGGCGGAGAAGAAGAAGAGGAUUGCCAAGGCCAAGGCUGAGGCAGCAGAGUAUCAGAAGCUCCUUGCCUCGAGGCUCAAGGAGCAGAGGGAGAGGAGGAGUGAGAGCUUGGCAAAGAAGAGAUCCAGGCUCUCUGCUGCAUCAAAGCCUUCGGUUGCUGCUUAGGUCUCAAUUUUGUCCUCUCCUUGUUUCCUUCCAGCAAGUUAAAAGUAUGGGUGUUUUGUAUUCCGUAGGAACUGCUCUUGAGAUUGUGAGGUGAUUUUGCGUUAUCUCAAAAUUUUGUGGAAGUAGGUGCAUUAUUUUGAGAGGAUAUGAGAGUCGUACUUGGUUAUUGAGUUUAUUUGAAUAUAUUCAGGAGAUGUAAUGGCCGUACUUAUGGAAUAUCGUAAUUUUCUGUGCUUUUUAUCU